GGCGGGAGGGCGGAAGGGCGGAGGACGCAAAGGCGAAGGAGGGCGACGUGCACCUUAUCGAGUGCCGACUUCGCGCGCCAUCUUCCCUGCUCCAUUCACCCGCCAAAUGUCAUCACACUCCCCAUCAUCACACUCCCCAUCACACUCCGCACCGUCCUUGCUAUAUACCUCACGCCCAUGAGGACUGAAUACACCGUAUCCCCAUAACCAGCAUCAUAGCAAUUUAGCGGGUGAUGACAUUUGGCGUGACUACAGUAGUUGUAGAAUGAUGAAAUAGCACUAGCAAUGUAGCUGUACAACCAUAGCCAGCAUCAUAGCCACCAUAACGGCUAUCAUAGCAAGCACAUCCAGCAUCCUGUCAUGUAUAAUAGCUAAAGAAGGUUGUCGCUGGAGCUAUAGCCAUAAUAGGCAUAGUCAUAAUAGCCAUAGCCAUAGCCAUAGCCAUAACAGGACUGCUGCGCAACAACUGUGCACCCUUGUCACUGUCGCCGCGCUGUCCUUCAUACUUGCUAGAUCAUCAUUCAACAACGACCAUCAACGCCGAAAUACUAAGUACAUAAUAUAUUUGAAGACUUUUGAGGAUGGCGAAGGACAUCUUGGGGUUAGAGGAGGAGGAGGAGGUUAUCCCUCGGCGCCCCAAUCAGAGCAAGCUGUAUGUGUGGGGGUACAAUGUCCAGGGGCAAACUAGCCAUGAUGCUGGUGUGAGUGGGGAUCCGCGCACUUGGCGGUGCCAGCGCACUCCUAAAGCUGUUCCACUGGAACGGCUAGCUGAUUCGAAGCGUCGUCCUCCUAUAUAUUUGGUACACGUGGCAUGCGGUCUCCAGCACACCGCUGCUGUCACUUCCGACGGAGAUCUGUACACUUGGGGCGCUAACGACUUUGGACAGCUGGGUGAUGGCGGCGAAGAUGAUUGCAGAGAGCCAAGGCGCGUUAUCGCACUUCGCAAGGAGUUCGUUACUAGUAUUGCGUGUGGGGCCCAGUGUACUGCGGUCAUCACACGGGAGCGGCGCGCAAGUGAUGGAGGAGAACCAGCAGAGGGAAGACUGUGGGUCUGGGGUCAAAAUCAGGGGUCAAAUUUGCCGCGAUUGUUUCCUGGGGCCAUGCCACCCAAAUCGGUUAUUAAGGCGAUAUCAUGCGGGGCAAGCCAUGCAGCGGCGAUCUCUACGGAUGGUUUGCUGCAGACUUGGGGAUACAAUGAAUUUGGUCAGCUUGGUCGUGGCUUCAGUUGUGAAGGUCUGCAAGAAGCCAGGUACACAUGUGGCCGUGGCGAUUAUGGGCAGCUAGGGCAUCGGGUUUUACAGACUGGCCUCAAAGAGGUUCUGCUGAGACGAGUCGUUAGUCUUGAGGGCAUUCGGCUGACGCAAGUUGCUUGCGGGCAGAUGCACACGUGUGUUGUGACAUCCAAGGGAGCUCUCUACAUUUGGGGCGGUGGACGGGAGGGGCAGCUAGGAUUUGGACAUCGACAGGAGAUGGUCCCUGUGCUUGGUGCCGAUGACAAUGCAGCUAUUAGCCGCCUUCCUGUUCUAUUGAUGUCCCGUGGAGUGAAGAUGGUCGCAUGCGGUCAGUCGCACACGUUGGCAUCUACUGUUGAUGGGAGGCUGUGGGGGUGGGGGUAUAACAGCAGUGGUCAGGCGGCGACUGGAAGGGCUGCGUAUGCUUGGCGCCCCUCUCCAAUUGACUGGUGUGUUGGACAAGUUGCUCAGCUGGCGGCAGGUGGUGGGCAUUCAGCAGUCCUCACGCAAGCCUUCACCUUGAAGGAUCUGUGCGAGUAUAGGCUGGCUGAAAGCGUUACUGUGCCGACAGCACCAGCUAUUGAGGACAUUGCGGGUCGACAUGGGGCAGACGGGUUGAUGCGUUUCUGUGAGAGAUUCAGAAUACGCGUGACUUCCGGCCAGGACGAAGAUGUAGACGAGGACGAAGAAAGGCGAAGGCGGCCAAGGACCAGGCCAAGGUCGCGGCUCACCACUGUUGCUAUCGAAUGGAGCAGCAAUCCAACUGGUUCCAGCAAUCUGCAGUCUGCAGCAGAGCACCCUCCCAGAGCGGCAUGAACAAACGAUCAUUCGAAAUGCCGAGUUUCCCUGUAAAUCAUAUAUUGCUUAAUUGGAUAAUGCUUGGAUAAUCAUGAUUGGAUAAUGAUUGGGUAAUCAUGAUUGGUUGGAUAAUGAUUGAAUAAUCAAUAUUAAUCAUGAUUGGUUGGAUAAUGAUUGGAUAAUGAUUGGAUAAUGAUUGGAUAAUGAUUGGUUGGAUAAUGAUUGCUUGGAUAAUGAUUGAACAUCCCCAAGGACCGAGUUGUCAAAAGGUCACAGUCUCUUUGACUCGUCAGUGAGUACAUACGUCAUGGAGGGCAAGCGUGCAGUUGGUGCAGUCGGCGGCAAGCCAGGCUUUGAGUGACAGUAAGGAAAGGAAAGGGAGGUCCUGCAGAUAUGAUCAUCUGUUCCUGGAGGACUGAUAAUCAUUCCUGGUCUAAAAGGGGGGGACCUGGUCCAAAGGUUCUUUAUGGGGCACCGGCAAGCAGAGAAGGUGCAGAUUUGUCAAAUUUGGGGGGUUGGGGAACCCCUAUUAAGAAAGAUGUCAGAUUCAGAAUUGGUGGGGCCAAGGCAGCCUAGCACUGUUUCUCAAUUUGUAGCGCAUGCCAAAUGGAGAAGAGGAAAAGGAGAAAACUAAAGAAAGGUGAGGAGCAAGCCGCAGAAAAUCGGUCACAUGGACCGCCAGAAUAUGAUCUGUACUAGAUUACAUUUGUAUGUAUGUGACAUCAUGUGUAUUAUUAAAAAUUCGGUCUUCAUAAGACAUGACAUUGGCAGGAUCAGGCAAGUAGCAGCCUUCUUUUCAUAUAUAUAUUCUAAUCUAAUAUAUAGCUGCCGGGUAAACCGUAGGCAGAGAGAGAGACAGAGAAGAGGACAACAAACGAGGGGCUGUGGCAAACUGUUUUGUUGGAGUUUCACGGACUCAUCACGAGGCUGAACCCUCAAAACAGUAUAUAUAAGUAAUAACAAGAAUAGCGAGCCCAAUAGCAGAUUCUGCAGCAGCUGAAUAAAAUCUUAACACAUCU